AUGCUCCGCAAAGCUUUGACUUUGUUGGUCACGCUGGCCGAUGCGCAGACCAAGUGGCCCGAGUGUUUGGAGAAAGGUGUGGCCUAUACAGAUUUGAUGACCAUCUCUGCCGGCUGGGCAGUCGACCGCCUGCACCAGGAGCCCAACGCGGGCUACCUGGAGAAUGCCAAGGCCUGUGCUGACAGCUGCCAGAUUGCGCCCGCCUGCAAGCACUUUACCUUCAAGACCAAGUCAUACCCCCAAGGCGGCGCGUGCUACUUGAUUCAGCAGCUGGACGCAUUGACUCAUCGCUACGAUGACGCGGAUGCGGUGAGUGGUGCUAAGAAUUGCAACGUCACCGUGAACGUCCCUGCUGUGAAGAUGGCAGUGGACCCCAUCGCUGUCCCUGCCACGCCUGCCACACCCACGGUGGAGGCAGGGAAGCCUGAUGCCACACUCCAGCCUCAAAUUGACGAGCCCAAGCUCCCCAAGGCUGACGUGGAGCCUCCCAAGGCUGUCACACUGCCAGCACCGGUCACACCUGAGGCACCCGCCGUGGCCACUGUGGCACCCCUGGCCACCGUGGCACCCCUGGCCACCGUGGCACCCCUGGCCACCGUAGCACCCGUCGCACCGGUUGUGCCUAAAGCCAGUGUCACCCCCCCCAAGCCCGUCACCCUUCCGGCGGUCGUCACUCCUGUGCCACUGACUGCAAAGGCUGAGGUCACUGCUCCAGCCGAUGCGACGGCCGCAGCGGCGGAAACGGCGACUGCGGCUGCGAAGGUGGUCAGUGAUGGGGCAGAAGAUGCCAGCUCAGCCGCGGGUGCUUUGGAGUUUCCCAUGCACGAUGGCACGUGCCUCCAGACGGGAAUCGCCUUCAAGAAUCCCGUGCUGGGAAUGGUGCCCACGCAGUUCGCCGACACGGCAGAGGACUGCCAGAAGAAGUGCGCAGACUCCACGGUUUGUACGUGGUUUACCUGGAAGUCCGACAGCUUUCCCAAGAACGGAUGUUGGUUCUUUGACGGUGAACUCACGACCUUGGCGCAUUCAGCCGAUCCGAGUGCCACCAGCGGACCGAAGGACUGUUCUGCUUCCUUGGCCAAGGGUGUUGGUGAAGGCGGCAAAGCAAUGGUGGCCGGAGCCCAGGGCGGCUUAGAUUCCAACAUGCUGUGGGCCAUCCUGGGUGGCACUGCUGCAGCUGCGGCGCUGGGCGGUGUGGCCCUUUAUGCCAGCUCCGGAGAGAAAAAGGUGAAGAAGUCCAAGCGCAGCAUGAAGGUGACGGCUGAUGAGGAAGCACCUUUGGCCAGCGCAGGUGGCAUUGCGCCAUCGCCCUCCUUCGCCCCUCCACAGCCCGGCAGCGCUCAGAUGGUGGCCCCCACCUUUGCUUACACUCAAGCGGCACAGCCCAUGACCUACACGCAAGUGCCACAGCCAGCGACCUACCAGGUCGCCCAGCCCAUGACCUACACCCAAGCACCAGUGACCUACACCGCCUACACCCAAGUACCGCAAGCGACGUACUCGCCAGUGGUCACCGAAGCUGCUCAGGAGCUGCGCUAA